AUGAGGAAGUUGAGCAUGAGGAUAUUGGAGCUGAUAGGUGAAGGACUGGGAGUACAAUUUAACAAUGAGCUGAUCAAAAGCCAAACUCUGGUGGUGAACCAUUAUCCAAGUUCAGCCAAUGGAAAACCUGCUCAUUGUGACCCUAACCUCAAAACUUUCAUUCAACAGCAAGUUUAUGGACUUGAGAUCUUCAAAGGUGGUCACUGGAUUGGGGAUCAUCCUCUUCCCUAUGCAUUUGUUGUCAACAUUUUUUACCAACAGGAGAUUAUCAGCAACAAUAAGCUAGUAGCUGGCGAACACCAUGCAAUUACGAAUCCAGAAACUGCUCGAACAUCGAUAGGGACCUUUGCUGGUCCUCUUGGAGAUUGCAUAGUGGAGCCAACAAAGGCACUUGUCAAUGGUGGUAGUCCUGCACUUUUCCGGGCAUUCAAAUAUCAUGAGUUUCUUGAUGACUAUAUAGCCAAAAAGGAUCCUAUAUAA